UGAACAUAGGAAGCGGACAUUUGAAGCAGUUUGUCAUAUCGCUCUUUGAUCCAGCUGCUACUGAGGCUGCGCCUGAUUGGUCCAACACGGACAACAAACUUAGCUGGACGUCUGUGGGGCAAGCCCGAUCAGGACUUCUUUGACAUCAUGGAGGAAGAAGAGGCUCCUGUAGAUGGCGAGGUGGAGCACCCCUUUGCUGCGGAGAAGUACGCCGCUGAGGCCAUGGCUGCAGACAUGGACCCCUGGAUUGUGUUUGACUGCAGAAGAACUCCCAGAUCCGAGUUUGAUGGCUGGCUGGAAAGCAACAGGCCCUCCCAAGUAUACAGAUUUGGUGAAGAGGAGGGGGUGAGUUCUGUGGGGUGGAUUGCUGUGCUGGGUCCAACCCACUGCCCCAGUGGUGGGGAUGUUAUGGGUCUCCAAGAAAGCUGGGAGAAACUGUUGGCCAGUGGCCGGCCUGUCAGCUUCGAGACAGUCAAGGAGUUGGCUCUGAACCAUGGAGUGCUCACAGGGAAGUGGCUAAUGCACUUGGACACUGGUUUCAAGUUGGACCACGCAUGGCGGUGUGUGGCCAGAGCAGCCCUGGAAGGAAAGAUUUCCCUAGUCAAAGUCAGUCCCUUUGAUCCCAAGACAGAUGGGAAGCAGGUCAUUUGUGCCUAUAAUCAGAACUUCACUGAUGAGAACGAAGUUAUACGACUGGACUCCAUCAUCCGGGCUACGGGGGUCAAGUGCCCCCUUUCCUACAAGCCAGAUGUCUACACAUACCUGGGAAUCUACAGAAACAACCGCUGGAAGCUGUGUCCGACCAUAUUUGAGAGCAAAUUUGACCUGGAGUGUGUACCCAGGCGCUCACACAUUGUGAACAAAGUCACCAACCUUGAAGUAACUUAAGCUCAUCAGAAGAUACUUUGGAGAGACUGUAAAUGAGCUGAGAAAUGUUUAAGGCAUUGGUUGAAGUUUGAUCUAAAGUUCUUCCGUUUGGAAAAGAAAGCACUAAGUCUCAUGUUUGUCUUUUCAUGCUGUAACUUUUUAAGUGACCUAAGACACUUUCAAUUUUUUUUCUAUUUUUUUCAUUGUAUUCAUAAGUGAGAAUAUUUGUAUUCUUGAAGAUGUAACACAGUAGCACUUACCUAACAGAAGUGAGAAAUCCUUAAUUUUGUGUAAACAUGUUUUGAAGAAGGGUCACACUGCAUCUGGGGAAGCCUUUUUUUAUAUAUAUAUAUAUAUAUAUAUAUAUAUGAUGAUGAUUUCUCUUAUUUGUUUGGCUUUUUUUUUUUUUUCCUUUCUUUUUUUAACCAAAAACAUUUGCCAAAUAAAUCAGAGUUUUGAACACCAUGUCUUACAUCUUGUGGUUUUUAUUGCAGUAAAAAGUGUUUGGGAUUUUGACAACUAUACACUCAAUACAUGAAGAUAUGCAUAUAGUAUAACCAGCUGUUGUAUAAAACACCUUUUUCCUCUCCAUUUAAACAUCUUUGCCCACAGAGUAUAGUCUGGUGAUCCCAGCUCUGAAACUGUUUGCUUUAUCUUCACCUGUCUGUAGGUGAAGAAUAAGUGAAAAAGAAAUGAUUGGAUACAACUGUGACGUGUAAACCUUGCAUACGUUUCUUCUGCUGUAAGCAUGUACUUAUUAAAUUGUUUGAGUUAUUUACAUGUCGACCUUCAUCAUCACAAUUUGUUGAGAAUCUCAACAAAGGCACCAGUAUAUUAAUGUGUUACAGUUGUGAUCUUCAGAAAACAUUUCAUACAUUCUGACAUUGCAAAUGAAUACAAGAAUCACAGACAUGAUCUGCACUGACUCUCACCUACAUUAGAUUAUAUUUUUACAGAAAAAUAUUCAUUUGGUGUCAGAUUAAAAGCCCUAUCAUGCAUAUUUCAUUUAAGACGAGGACAAACAGUCACAGUAACACUGA